AACACGAUUGUAAAUGGAUCUUGUUUCUGAACGAAUUUUUUGUGUCACCUUGACAUCCGCGAAAAUCGAAAAUUGCGAUUCGCGUAAUUUCAGCAUAUUUUCAGAAACUCGUAACAAAUGUAAAUGUUUUAGAAAGAUGAUUUUGAAUUAAAUUGAACCAAAAUGUCCAUCAGGUCAAGCUUAUAUUUUGAUAUUAACGAAGACCAGUGGCCUCUGGUGUAUGAUGAUAACUACAAUGUAUCGUUUAUGGGUUUGGAAAAGUUCCAUGUUUUCGAUUCUAAGAAAUGGCGCAACAUAAUACAGUACCUUAAAGAAGCAGAUUUCAUAAAGGAUGAAAAUUUAGUGAAGCCACUUGAGGCACAGAAGAGUGAUCUUCUCAUCGUCCACUCCAAGAAAUAUCUGAAAUCACUUAAAUGGAGUCCAAAAGUAGCUGUGAUAGCUGAGGUACCCAUGAUUGCCCUUGUACCAAACAUAUUGGUGCAGUAUGCAUACCUGAAGCCUAUGAGGCUUCAAACAGGCGGCUCAAUCCUCGCAGGCAAGCUAGCAAUAGAGCGAGGCUGGGCUAUCAACGUUGGCGGCGGCUUCCAUCACUGCAGCGGCGACAAGGGAGGUGGCUUCUGUCCCUACGCUGACAUCACGCUCAUGAUCAAGUUCUUGGUCAUACAUCAGAUGAUACAGAAUGCUAUGAUUGUUGAUUUGGAUGCUCAUCAGGGCAACGGCUACGAGCGUGACUUCCUAGGCGUCCCUGAAGUGUACAUAAUGGAUAUGUACAACAAGCACAUUUACCCUAACGAUCGGGAAGCCAAGAGAGCUAUCCGCAGGAAGGUGGAACUUGACAACAAGGUCGAGGAUAUGGAAUACAUGCGGAAAUUGAGGAAGAAUCUGAAAGAAGCAUUGACGGAGUUUAAGCCUGACAUCUUGGUGUACAACGCAGGCACUGACAUAUUGGACUCUGAUCCAUUGGGACAAUUGAGGAUCACUGAAUUUGGCAUAGUAAAGAGAGACGAAUUCGUCUUCGAGACAUGCAAAGAGCAGAAUAUUCCUAUAGUAAUGCUGACGAGUGGCGGUUACUUGAGGAAAACGGCCAGAAUAAUCGCUGACUCAAUCAUGAACCUACAUCGCAAAGGACUUAUUAAUGGGGAAGCUUAGAUAUUCAUGAUGUGAGUUAGGAUGCGUCUACACGGUGCAUGUAGCUGGAGCAAGUUAACAUGCGCAAGUGUUAAGAGCACGCGGGUGGGUAUCUUGCUUUCGUACAUGCGCGAGUCGCACGUUUUUAAAAUGCAUGUAACCUGCGCAUGUGCCUCAACAAGCUCAAGCUACUUGCACCGUGUAGAUGCACCUUUAGCUACGAAAUGGUAAGGCGAGUAAUAAGCCAGAAUACAUAAUAAUUCGGUAAAGACAAGAUAUAAGAUUUGCGUAGAAAAUUGUAAUCGUGCCAAUUCUUAUAUAUUUUUUAUCCUGUUUGUUAAAAUUGGACUACUACGCAGCUCGAUGUAAGUAAAAUACACUACGAUAUGAAUUAUUAUCUAUUUCAAGUUGAAAUGUUAACAGAUUUUAAUAACUUAUUUAAAGUUCUUUGCUCACAAAAUAUUAUUAUAAUGGUGAAGAGUUUGUUUCAAUGCGCUCAAUCUCAGGAACCACUUUCAGUGUUAGAUAGCGCAUUUAGCCAUACUAUGGAAACUAGUACAUACCUAAUAUAUAAUGUAUAAAAAUUAUAUUUACACCAAGGGCCUCGCCUAAAAACAUAACUAGAUAUUUUUAUUUGUAAAGUUAGAAUUGAGGUUAUUUAGAAUAAAAUUCUAUAAAGUGUAAUGUAUCAAACCUCUAACUUUGAUCUCAAUAAAAAGUGCCAAUAAUUUUAUAUUAUUUAUGCAAAUUAAAUUUGCAAUUUUUAUUUUAGUACUAUUAUUUUUUGUAGUACAUAUCUAUUUUUAUCAGUAUUAAUAAUGUGAUCAAAUAUUUAUAAUGUUGCUUGGAGUUUAUUUUUUCAAGUAAAUACUAUUUUCCUUC